AUGCCUCGUAAGAAGAUCACGAACAUAAAUCAAAAGAAAACCGAGCAGAAGCUCAAGCGCGCUGCAAAGCGCGGUGACAUUCCCCCACUCGAGCCCAAGCCUCCAAAGCUUCGCCACCCCGAAUUUCGUAGAAUUCCUACGGAAGCACGACCCGACGUUGAUGCUGCCCGAAAGCUGCAAUCUGCUUUCGUGAAACUGCCACGAGAAUACCUAGACAAGACCAAGCUGAUCGCGUCGCAAUUAAUAUUGCCGAGGCCCAUCCCUGGAGAAGCUGCAGUCUUUCCGUCCAUUCCUCCUAAAGAUGACGGUGGAUCGGAAUCGUCGACUGCUUUCACUUGUCCCAAGCGACCCAAGUGGCGAUUUGAUAUGUCGAAGGCGGAGGUCGAAGCAAACGAAGAUGGCGUCUUCAGGAAGUGGCUGGCCGAGACGGAUCACCUCAUAGAAGAGUGGCGAGAUGAGAAACCACCGACUACCGAGUCGGAGCAACCAGAAGGGGAUCCGGAAAUCGACACGCCAGAACAGCUCCCUGCUGAGAUGCCUCGGUCGUGGUGCUACUUCGAGCGAAAUCCAGAAGUCUGGCGACAAUUAUGGCGAGUAACAGAAAUUUCACAAAUCAUACUUGUACUUUUGGACUCCCGUUGUCCAUUACUCCAUUAUCCACCAAGUCUCCGAGCAUAUCUCGCCACUCACAAGGUCAUUCUCGUGUUGACGAAAGUCGACCUCUCUGGUCCGGAAAGAACUCAAGCGUGGACGACCUACCUCCAAUCAACAUUCCCCGGCGUUCGAGUCACGCAUGUUGAAUCGUGCAUUGAAAAGAAGGUCCAACACGCAGAGCAAGGACGGAAACACUACGAACCUCAUAUUCCAACGGAGUUCCGUAGAAAGCUUGUUGAAGCCAUUCGAGACAUACACGCCGAGAUGCUCAAACCACCCGCAGAAGUCAAGAAGAACGAAGCGUGGGCCAAGAGGUGGACACCUCCUGUCAAACAAAACAUCGACUGGGACGCAGUACUCAGCGCCCAAGGCGGGAAGGUUGGGAGUGAAGUUGGUGGUGCGGUCGUCCCUUUACCUGCGCAACAAGAGGGAGGUGAUCGCGGAGAAGGAGAGGCUAGCGGGGAUCGUAAACAUGUCGAGCCAGAAUUUUUGACCGUUGGUGUGAUCGGCCAGCCAAACGUUGGGAAGUCAUCAUUAUUGAACGCAUUGUUCGGUGUGACCCGAGUCAGGACUUCCAAGCAGCCUGGCAAGACCAAGCACUACCAGACUUUGUUCUGGACGAACGAACUUCGCUUAGUCGAUUGCCCCGGACUCGUUAUGCCAAACAAUAUUCCUAUGGAAAUGCAGGUACUCUCAGGGGUGCUCCCCAUCUCACGCGUUUCCGCUAUCCCUGCCUGCAUCUACUUUUCUUCUCAGCGUAUCCCCCUCGAAAAGAUAUUCAAUUUAUCCCAUCCGACGCCCCCGCCACCCCCUGGUGAAGACAAGCGGACGUGGAGAGAAGGCUCCGGCCCCCAUCCGACUAGGGAAAAGCCUGUCGAAUGGACUGCGUUAGAUAUCCUAAUAGCUUACGCCGGAUCUAAAGGUUGGGUGACCGCUAAAGCAGGGAGACCGGACAUGAAUCGUGCAGGAAAUGACAUUCUGCGAGCACUUGUCGAGGGCCGAAUUGCAUGGGCGUUCUGGCCUCCUGGGACGGAUAUAACCGUAGUUGGCGAUAAUAAUGGCAACGGCAUAUGGUUGCACGAGUUCGACCGACUCGACGCCGAAUUCGACGACCACGAAGAAGAUUCUGCCGAGCAAGAAGACGCAGACGAGGGCGUAAGUAGUGACAUAAAUAGUGAGUGCGAUGGAGUUUCCGAAGAUGAAGCAGUUGGUGGAAGGUUCGAUGCUCUCUCGCUCGAGGAGGAGAGCGAGGAGGAAGAGGUGGAGGAAGAAGAGAAGGAAGAAGACAGGCCUUGA